CGAGUACAUGUGUGCGUGCCAAAAUAGUAAAUGUGACGUGACCUUUUUAGCCGAUUUCAAAACUACGAAGUUUUUAAAUUAAGGACUUAUGUUUUUUUUUUUUGUGUUGUCGAAAAUUGUUCACGCUUUCUACUCUAUAUUGAAUGAUGACACCACCACAAAAUAGACAAAGACUAAUAACCACUAACAGCUGACCACGAUUGUAAAAUGGCAUUGAAGACUUGAAAAGACUCAAGGAACAAUGAAGCCGAUAAAAUUAGACACAAUGGUGAAAGUAAUUGCGGUGACGACGCUAGUGUUGCUGUCCACGGGCCGGACGGACGCCGAGUCCGCCUACAAAACGGGACUGAGACUUGUCGAGAAGCUUUCCGGGGGAUAUUUUAAUGACGUUUAUCGAAAUGGGACGUUCAGGACCGGUCACCAACUGUGGGACAACGUACUGAACCAAUGCACAGCGGAGCCUAGCGUGAGCUGCUUGCAAAAAAACUUUUUUUGGUACUUAGACGAUCGCUUCCGGAUGAACAAUGAUUUGAAAGUGAGUGACAGUGUGUGCUUUAAGCGGAACAAUGUGGACCUGGACAGGGUGAGUGCGGAUGACGGGGUUGAUGGUGCAAGAAGUGCGGACGAUAAUGAAGUUGAGGAGGAUGAACCAGAUUCUCCAUUCGAAGAAGUCACAAAUGGCUUAUACGAUAAAGGAGUCAACUUUUUCAUGACUCACGACAUGACCUUGACCUUACCGGAGUACUUCUUCCAAGGGGCUACAUUAAAGAUAGCCCCCAGAGCUUUGACCAAGUCCGGGGCUCUAAUCCACGUGGAUUUAGAGCCGAGAGAAAACAAGAAUGGCGAGGGAAGGAUAUUCUUGCAGAAGAUCAAAAAAGCAAUUAAGAAGAAACUACUGACAGCCCUGAUAGCGAUAGUGUUAGUGGUCAAGCUGAUAGCUUUGAAAUUAGUGUUUGUCCUGCCUCUGAUACUGGGAGUGACCACAGCCAAAAAGAUGUUCCUGAAGCUUCUGCUAUUCCUGUUUCCUGCCCUAAGUCACAUCUUCAAAUUGUGCUCGUGGUAUCACCAAAACUACCACACUACGAAAUAUCAUCACCAUCAUCAUUUGAUCACGCAUCAUCACAAGGUACCACAUGCUCCAGUUUAUGGCCAUCAAACCCACGGGUCAGUGCUGGUGAAGAAUCAUGGGCAGAAUAGCGCGCCUGGCUUCGAGCACUACCCACAGGACUGGGAACUGUCUGGACCAGGGCUCGGCAGCGAGUAUCUCGGAUCAGAUAUACACCGCAAUGCCAUAGCCAGCUUUAAGCCUCACGUGAACGACGCUAAUGAUAUCAACGCGUGGGGCCUCGGACUACCUCCAGGUCAAUCAAUGAAUGUUGGUGAAUACAGCAGCAGCAACCUGAUGCCGAAAGUGGUGGCUCCAAAUAUACCUCAGAAAGUGCCACUCGCUAAUAUUGGAAAUGUCGCUAGGCCGGUGGGACCGCCAAACAUAAACCCGUACAAUCGAAAUAAGAAAACCACAACGAAAGAUCCAUUCCAAGCGGAAAAGGAAGCUUUGAUACGAGCAGCGGCCCUCGCAGCUAGAGCUCCACCGUCGCCGGUCAGAGACGAACUCCUCAGAGUCUCAGCGGUGAAGCUGAAAGAGACCAACAGAGUGCAGACUGAAACUGACUUGGUGAAGCAACAACAGCAGAUCUUGGCUGCGAAUGAUCCGGAUACCAUAGCAGCAGAGAAGUUCUACGGCUUCCUUUUGGACCGAGUGGAUGCCGUUCUUGCCACGAUAGGAGCAAGCGAAACUGGGUGUAAGGAAAGAGCUGUAUGUACUCUCUACGGGGACCCGUUCAAGCACGCCCCGUUCAGUAACUUGGUGUCGAAUGAACUCAGCAAGGAUUCCAACGAGCUCCUCCCCGCGGCAGACAGCAAGCAGGCCCUGCGCUACUACCGCUACGUGCAGGCAGCUAGAGACGGGCAGGAACAGAAGGACUGCAAUACGGAGUAUCCUCACUGCGAUAUAGAUUACAAUAUCGAAUAAUACCUCCAAAAAUAAGCUGUUGGAUUUAAAAGAAAUCUCUGUACAGAAGGACAAAAAUGAAACAAAGCUUCAUCCUGGGAGCUUUGCAAAUUUUCACAACAGAUUGUUAGUUUCUCAUUGGGGCGAUAGUCCCG